UUCUUUGAAUAGCACAUUUUCGUAAUAUUAAUUUUUUGUAUCAGAAAAAAAAAUCUUUAAGGAGAGAAGUAUUAUUCUUUCUUAGCAAUGGAAAAAAAAAAAAAAAAAAAAAUAAAUCAAAGUUACCAUAACAACGAAAUGAAUACAAAAAGUUAGAUUUCGACAAACAAUUUGAGCUGUCAAUCAAACGUCAGUCACGAACCGUCAGUCAACAUCUGCUUCUCAGAAAAAAAAGCGUAGUUUCGACAGUGAGCAAUACUUUUAUAUUCUUUCAGAAACACAAAACUAAUAUUAUGACAUAAAGAAAUAAAUUUUAAGACAAUGAACUUCGAGGAGCCGUACUAUAAGUUACCAAGAAAUUUCGCCCGUUCGAUAGGUCGGUGGCCGUACCAGUCUCGCUUGGAAAGUUUUGUGAUCGGGCUCUUCAUUGUUUUGGCGUUCACCCUCCAAGUUGGGCCAAUAAUUACCGCUAUCGUAGUACAUUUUGACGAUCGAGAAUUGAUACUCGAAACAGUAGCACCAAUUUUAACCGACAUAGUAUCAUUUACUGUAUUUGUUAAUUCGUCGAUAAAUUCAAAAAUGUUAAAAAAACUUUUCGAAAGGAUCAAAGCCGAUUGGAAGUUAGUGGCCAACAGGGAAGAAAAGCUAAUUUUGGAAAAGUAUGUCGAAUUGGGAAAUUUAAUGGCCGCUGGAUAUGCAGGGUUUGUUUACUUAGCAACUGUGACGUUUAUAACGGAACCCUUAGUGCCGAUUUUUAUCAAUUUAAUGCUCAAAACAAAUUUAUCCGCACCACAAAAAUUGUCUGUUCCCAUGGAAUGGAUUGUGAUUGACCGAGAAAAGUACUACUGGAUUUUGAUAAGCUACUCGGGUGUGUGUAUCACGGUGAUUCUGACGGUACUCACUGCUUAUGACGUCAUGUUCAUCACAGUUGUCCAUCAUGCGUGUGGAUUGUUCGCAGUUACAAGUCAUCGGAUCCAAAGUCUGUCAAAUGAUGAAAACUUCCAAAAUAACACAGAAAAAAAAUUUUUUCUUAGCUCAAAAAAAAGUCAUUACGAACAUUUGGUUUCAUGCAUCGAAAUCCACCGCCGAGCUUUAGAAUAUGUUGAUAUGAUUGAGACAACUGUCACGGGCUGUUUUGGAAUAAUAGUAUUAUUGAACUUGCCGUUAAUGAGCGUUACAGGAGUUCAGAUGAUCACACUAGACAACACUCUGCAGCAGAAGAUCAAAAAUUUGAUGUUCACCAUGGGCCAAGUGAUCCACCUCUUUUUUGAAUGUUUCUUAUCCCAACAGCUGACUGAUAUGAGCCAGCAAAUUCACAACCAAAUAACUGCUCAAAAAUGGUAUAACAUUGACGUAAAAUCUCAAAAACUUUUGAUCAUCAUGAUAAUGAGAUGCCAAACGCCAUGUAUGCUCACAGCCGGCAAAAUAAUGGGCCUGUCUAUCGAAACUUUUGGAGUUUUUAAUACUAAGAAAAGGCAAACGUCGGAAAUAGUGCUCACAAUCAGCAAGAUGGACAUUUACGAAGAACCCUACUACAUAAUAACGAAAGGCUUCGCUUCUUUCAUAGGUCAGUGGCCCUACCAAUCUAGAAAACAAAGUAUUAUGUUCGGAUCUAUAAUGUGGAGUUUAUUUAUCUUGCAAGUUAUUCCGCAAGUAGUUUCCGUGGCUUUGCAUUACGACGACGAGGAACUUUUGUUCGAGUCCUUAUCGCCUUUCAUCACAGAUUUGAUUUUUAUUGUAAAAUACGUCAAUGUUACAAAAAAAGCUAAUAUGAUGAAGACCCUUUUCGACAAAAUGAAGGACGAUUGGAAAAUUCUCAAAAAUGAUAAAGAAAAAUCUAUUUUGGAGAAUCAUAUGUUCACAGCGCGAUACAUUUCUCUCUGCUGGGCAGCUUUUGUAAAUGUCACGGUGUUUAUAUUUUUGAUGGACCCAAUUUUACCAAUAAUCGUAAAUCACAUUCAAAAGUCCAACGAAUCAUUGCCAGUGAGAUUUUGCGUUCCAAUGGAAUAUGUAAUCAUUAAUGAAGAAAAAUAUUAUUGGUUGCUUUUCAGCUUUUCUAGCAUUUGCGUAAUUUUUAUUAUCAUGGUUAUCAUUUGUUGCGAUAUUAUUUUCAUCAGUCUUGUACAACACGUCUGUGGGAUUUUUGCAGUCGUCGGAUUUCGUAUAGAAAAUUCGCCCACUGUUAACCUUUCCCGCGAAACGCUCACUGGACCAAGAUUUGGAACCAACUCACAGGAUAUUCAUUACAAACAUAUUGUUUCAUGCAUCAGUGACCACCGACGAGCAUUAGAAUUCGCGGAUCUUAUUGAAGCUACUUUUACUGGAUGCUUCGGUAUCGUCGUUGGCUUAAAUUUGCCACUAAUGAGCAUCACUGCAGUUCAGAUAAUGACGCAAUCGCAAUCGAUUCAAGACACAGUCAAGUACAUCAUGUUCACUUUUGCUCAAAUGAUCCAUCUUUUCUUCGACUGCUACAUGUCCCAGAGGCUGACUGAUAUGAGCGCCCAUAUUCAUCAAUGCAUAGCCAGAGCAAAAUGGUACGAAAAUUCAGCCAGAUCAAGAAAAUUGCUUAUUUUGAUGACACUUAAGAGUCAGAUCCCUUGCAAAUUAACCGCAGGAAAAGUUAUGGAAUUGUCUAUUGAAACUUUUGGAAUGUGUCUGAAAACGGCUGGAUCUUACGUCACAAGACCUCUUGAAACAAUGAACUUCUUCGAUCAGUCUUAUUAUAAUUUGCUACGAACUUGUGUCUGCGCGAUAGGUCGGUGGCCAUUCCAGACUAGUCUUAAAAAGUUUUUGAUAGGGAUUAUCAUCAAUCUAGCUUAUAUUCUGCAAGUGGGACCGAAAAUUUUGGCAGACAUUGUGCACUCUGAUGAUCGGGAGGUGAUUUUUGAAACAUUGGCUCCUAUUAUAUUAGAUUUUGCAGCUUUUGCAAAAUAUAUUAAUACUUUUAUAAAUGCAAAAAUGAUUAAGAAUCUUUUGGAAAGGAUUAAAGAAGACUGGAGAUUAAUUACAAAUGACGGUGAAAAAGUUAUUUUGAAAAAACACGCUGGAGUGGGAAAACUCAUGGCUACUGGAUACAUAGGAUUUGUAUACUCAUCGACUGUGAUGUUUAUUAUCGAGCCGAUUUUGCCGAUACUAAUAAAAGCAAUAUUUAAAAUAAACAUCACGGCACCACAUAAAUUUGCCGAUCCAAUGGAGUGGAUUGUAAUAGACAAAGACAAAUAUUAUUGGUUGUUACUCAGCAAUUCCAGCGUUUGCAUCAUGAUAAUUUUGACAACGCUCAUUUGCCAUGACGUCGUAUUCAUCACCGUUGUACACCAUGCUCACGGAUUAUUUGCAGUUACAGGAUAUCGGAUCAAAAAUUUGCCCAAUGAUACAAUACAAGAAAAAAACUUUUCAAAAUUUGAUCCAACAACAAAUAAGCGGGAUAUUCAUUACAAACAUUUAGUUUCAUGCAUCAGAAUUCACCGACGAGCUUUAGAAUACGCAGAUUUUAUUGAACAAACCUUCGCUGGAUGUUUCGGAGUUGCGAUUGGAUUGAAUUUGCCAGUAAUAAGUAUCACUGGAAUUCAGAUAAUUGCUAUUUCGAACACCUUUCAGCAAAAAAUGAAGUACGCCAUGUUCUCAGGAGCUCUGUUGCUGCAUCUCUUCUUCGAUUGCUUCCUGUCUCAGCAGCUGACGGAUAUAAGUUCGCAAGUUCAACAACACAUAGCCAAUGGAAAGUGGUACGACAUUUCGGCAAAAUCUCAAAAAUUGCUGAUUUUGAUGACCAUGAGGUGUCAAGUACCUUGUAUUCUGACGGCAGGAAAAAUUAUGGGACUGUCUAUCGAAAGCUUUGGAGCUAUGAUCAAAACUAGCGGAUCAUACUUCAUGAUGCUGUUAUCUAUGCAAUAAGUUUCUUAUUUAAUAGUGACCGUUUCUUCGAUUUUUGAAUAAAUAUGUUAAAUGUACAUUAGA